AGUGAGCCGCCGGAGCGAGCUGCUGCAUCGGAAGCAGAGGAGUGAGUGGCGAGCGGUCGGAGAGCGCAGUGCAGCUAGCUCGGAGGGUGCGUUUUGGGCAGGAAGGCGCCAACAGGCCGGGGGGGAAAGGAGCCUUUCAGGUGUGCUGCGUGCACAAAGUGGAGGCCGGUGCGGCCCGAGGGCCAUCGUGGUCCUCUCAGCCAUGGUCAGCGCGGGUAUUCGCCAUGCCGUCUUCAUUUGCUUGGUGAUCCGGACCGUUUCUGGGCUUCGCAUAAGCGGGCCGGGCCUGGUGCUCCAGGGGAACUCCCUGUGGCUAAACUGCAGCGACGACCACGGUACUGCCCCCAGCGCUGUGUGGUGGUACAAGGACAAUAUGAAAUUCUACUCGUACGAUCGGCAGGCCGAUCCGCCCAGCCGUAGCUACCGGGUGCCCGGUGUGCACGUGGACCACGCCCAGUCGAGCGAGGGGUUCGUGCGCUUGCUGGACGCGGAUAUCCGAACGCGGGGCGUGUACCGCUGCGACCUGGCGCUCGAGCCGGGGGUCGUGCCGCAGCACGCGCAGCAGCAAGUCCGGGUGGUCGGUGAGUAAGCCCGCCAAUGCACCUGCGGCGUAGAGAUUGUAGUCCGCACGGGAAUGGGGGCGACGUCUUGUAGAAAACGACGCACGUGCGGGCACUGCUCCUACGACCGUGACUCUGCCGCUGAGGAAAACUUUCACGACUUGAGCACUCUGCCUUGCGAAGCUUCGCCGGUAGCCCUAUUUGAGACACCAUUUGUUCAGCGAACCCAAGAGCCUGUGCCACGUAAUAUCUGCAGCAUCAGCUGAGCCCUUGAAACGCAUGCAUGGCUGAGAAUGCCCCCUCGGACCGCAUGAGCAUGAACUGCCAGGGCUGUCUUGCUUUUCUAAUGUUUUGUGUUCUGGCCCUGCGAGGACAUUAAUGACGACGGGAUCAUGAGAGCACGCCGCAAAAAGAUAUCUGGCACAUCUUCGUUGCAUUCUCUUUGAUGCGAUUCGUCAAAUGGGAUAUCCAUGAGACCCGGCGGAGCGACCGGGCUUGUCAGAGGGGCGGUUGCUGAAGCUGGGUCGCCUAAAAAGCGAUCAAAUUCAGCUUGCCGUAUAUAGCUGAUUCGGUGCGUUCCCUUCGACUGCCUGCAAAUCCGUGUGGUAUCUUGCCAAAAUGUUUAGUGGAAGUUGUGAGAAAAGGAGCGUUUCCUACAAUCAUAUUAAUUAAGCGCUGAGCACAUAAUUAAAAUGUCAUGUGCAAAGCAGGGGUCGCGCACAUAUGUGGACAUAUGCGUAAGCUUCGAGGGAAUUCCUUUAAUUCUUCCCCACUGCGAUGUUCCUGAACUUUUCCCGUCAAUCCUAUAUGGAUGAUGUUUUAGCCUUUCGUGGGCGCAGAUAAUGCGAAUGAACGUAGCACGCAUAAAUAAAAGGACUUCCUGUAGAAGUGUCCGACUAGUGCUUUAUUGCAUUGACAACUCCAAGCUCCGAAUGAUGGGUGCUAAACAGCGUAGCUGCAAACAACCCCUUGCAGGAAUGAGUAGCAAUAUGCCACCUGGAGCUCGCAUUCCCUUCCUCUACAUCCACAACUGAAGUCGUUCCCGACUCCUUGCGGAUUUGAAUUCCGCCAGCCUGCCCAUGUUACACCCUAGACCAGCGCGUCUUUUGAUAAAACCAUCACAUAAUACAUUGGUGUUACCGUCAAACGCAUAACGAGGGAUUGUUUGCCUAUAUGUGCUUGGUUGUCGCGCCACCGAAUAAGGUUGCGCCAGUGGAAUUAAGGGCUCGAAGACGCGGCUCGUUGUUCUACAUACACCUGCGCGAUCGAUGACAGACGGGAGACUGCUAGCUAGUCCGCGGCUUGUUUGAUCGAAUCGUGAUGGCAGCAUCGUCUCGUUGCCUUGAUCAGAUGCUCGUGCCAGUACGGGAUGUUGGGAUCACCCUGCUCUAAGUCGCUCGAGGCAAUUUGAAUUAUAUACGCGGUGGCCGCUUCGAAAGCGCUGAUAUGUCGCGGGACGCAACGCCGCGACGUUAACUGUGCCCGCCCUUGUUCGGUCGCAGUAAGCUCGUUCACAAAGCGCUUAACCUACUUUUCAGUGUCACAGGUUGUUGCCCAUCCACUCCGGUGGACUCUAUAAAUCAUUAGCAGUCGCCGUCGGACUUCGUCACCCCCUUGUUUCAAAAGCCACCACGCAGAAUGCAUCGAAAUCGUUGCGACGCUUUGGUGUAAUUGACGCCACUGCAAUCUUUAAAUGUCGUUAAAACUUGUGUUUACUGUCUUCCGAAACGCACUUCAAAAGCUCAGGUCAGAACAUUUUCGAACCGGUUGAUGCCCGGCGGAACGGCAUCGCCUCACUGUCGUUUCAGCUGUGAGCUCCUAUAUAGAGCGCAGGCACCGAAUGGCUGCCCCCGUUCGACGGCGGCGUUUCCGUUUCGCAAGAACCUUCUGUUUUGUCUGCUUAAAUGAAGAGCAGGAAGCUGUGCACUACCAUUUCCUGUGUAACCGGCAUAAAAACAUUAAGAGCGAUAUUUAACCAACACCUUUCUUGGAACGUGCACGUUCAGAGGUCUCAAAGAUUUGUGGUGUACUCAUGAAGCUUAGGUACUUCCUACCUAUAAAGACAAAGCUUUUAAUUUACAACUGUCUUUUUUUCGUCUCACUUGUUAUACGCAUACUUACUAUGGCGUACAACCAUGCACCGUUAGUAAUCUCAAUAAACUACAUAUAUCUUACAAAAUAAAGUACUUUGUACUAUCGCUAUCAUUCCUUAUGCAUCUCCCACAAAAUUUCUAUUCCGAGGUUUUCGGGUCAUUCCUUUUCACUCUCUUUACGAACACCUACUCAUACGCCACUACAUUAGGCAAAGAAAGUUUAAUCGCACGUUACUGCGGGACAUUGCCAAACUCGUAAUAUCGAUGUCACACGGCGCACUUUUGAACGCGAUCAAGCUCGAUCCGGAUCGAAAUUCUUGACUGCGAUUGGCUGCCUCGCGCAGCUUGGGUGAAGGAGCCAAUCACGGCCGAGAAAUUCGAUCCGGAUCGGGCUUGAUCGCGUUCAAAAGUGCGCCGUGUGACACCCGUAUAAAAAACAUAAGCUCACGCCAGCUUCGUCGAUCCGUACCUUGGCAUAUACCCUUUAUAGCAGGACUGGUUAUGGAUGCCAAGGACUACAGCACUAUUUGCCCUUUACUCUAAAGAAACUACAGUCAUUAAAUAUUAAUCCAAAUGCACUCACAGCUCAAACUUGGAAUUAGCAUAAAAUCACAGGAAGAAAAAUCUAUAAGAGAUGCGACGGUGGUAGUCCGUAACACGCACGCCCUUUUUUUGUAUUAAUUUUAAUCCCAUCUAUGGCCGUGUUAAUGUGAUGCUACCAUUAUUGUUACUUUGCUAUUACUGUUUUUGUGUUUGUGCGAAAUGUACCACAUUAUAUACUGUCGCUGACAACACCAUUUCUAUUAACUUUUUUUUACCAUUAUGUGCAUUUCGUUUGGUGGCGCGCCAUCUUCUACAUUUCCAUUAUUACUGUCUUCUGCUAUUCCCUUUAUUAUUUUCAAUUGUUCGCAAUAUGUUACACUAUAUUCCCUGCUUUUAGUACUUGUUUUCACUAUUAUUUUCUUCGCAGCAGUUGUUGCCAAUGAAUGCCAUUGGGGACAUGGUACCAUCCAAGCCAACGUUGUUAGCUUUUCUGCCGCGUUCCCAGCAUCCCAUUUGUGGAAAGAUGCGAAAUAAAGUUGAAAGUUGAAAAAUAAAGUUGAAAGUCCCGUGCCGACCGUUUUCCAUAAGAGUGACAGGCGGCCUUUGAAGACGUGAACAAUCACUUGUGAACUAUAUCAUUUGCGAGAGAUCAGUACUCCAGGUAGUAGUAAUUGGUUGUUUAUUUUUACAUAAAUUAUAGAAAUUGAAAGGAACUAUACUGCUGACCGCACUGUAACUGUAUACCUAGUUCUGCUAACACCUGAACGGCGGUCAGCAGUGAGCGGGAAAGGGACAAUGAGAGACUAGGACUAAGGAAACUAUUUGCAAAUGUACAAUGUGGUGGCGUGGAGCAGAGGUAGUACACCCGGCCUCUAAUCUGAAGGU